CCCAACACACACACACACUGCCUAAACCGCUGAUGUUGCGCAUUUUGUGAUUGGGGAAAUGUUAUUCUAAUUUAGGAUGCGUUCAUGAGUUUAUUGUGGGUGUGCACACACACAGACAGAGACAGAGAGAGAGAGAGAGAGAGAGAGAGAGAAUGGGAUCAUUCCAUUUACCGGGGAAACUCUGAAGCAGUCUCGCGCUCCUGAAUGCGUCUCCAGCUUUACACCAAAACGCAUCCAAGUGGAUUUUUUUUUUUUUUUUUUUUUGCACGCUUUGAUGCACGUGCAAUGGAAUAAAUCUGAGCCGGUGAUGAUGCACAAGCAGAAAUAUCCUGCAGUGCCCGACUUCUAAGACGGGAGAAGAUCCGGUGGUCCGGUGGUUCGCGCGCGCGCGCGCGCCAGCUCCCUGUGCGGAUCUCUGGAGUUUUAGUUUUAAUCCUUAGAGGAAAUGGCUCAUAAAGGAAGGACCUGGACUGUAUGGCUCGUGCUGUGUGUGUUUAUUCUCAUUUUGGCAUGUCUCGAGAGUGCCGAAUCCAGCUCUCCCUCACUGCUGGAAUCUCUCCGGUUACCUUCAGACACAGAGUACGAGAUCGUGGCUCCGUAUGAGGUGGACCGUCACGGCCGCUACGUCUCCCACGCCGUCGCUCAUCACUGUCGCAGGAGGAAGCGCUCGCCGGAGGAUCACAGGAUUGAGCCCGCCCCCACGGCGCACUUCCGGCUCCGCGGCCUCGGACAGGACUUCCACAUGGAGCUGCGUCCGUCCGGCGGUCUCGUUGCGCCGGGAUUUACCGUCCAGACUCUGAGCGGAAACGGCACCGAGAAGCUGGAGACCUUCCCUGGAGAGGAUUUCUGCUUCUAUCAAGGCUCUGUGAGGUCAAAGGUCAACUCUAGAGUGGCGCUAUCCACGUGCGCCGGGAUGUCAGGUCUGAUCCGCACCCCAGGAGGCCGAUUACUUCUUGAAGCCGCUCCUCCUGCACCAGUUACAGAACGAGAACUACAACCGCAGCACCCGAACACCAUCCACACAUCCUCUACAGGAUACACACACACAUACCGGGACACUCGGGCGGAGCCAAACGCCGUCGCCGACGUCAUGGUCCUCCACGGCGACGACGGACCCGGAGCACACCAGAAACAACACUACUGCGGAAGGAGGAAGAAAUAUAUGCCGCGACCUCCCGCCGAAGAUGUUUACGUUGCUGACGAGUAUAAAUCAGCGCCGAGAGGAAGGCGAGCGGCGACGCUAAGCGCUAAAUCCCAGACGCACGUGGAGACGCUGGUGGUCGUGGAUCAGAAGAUGAUGGAGAAUCACGGGCGAGAGAACGUCACCACGUUCGUCCUCACCGUCCUCAACAUGGUUUCCACCCUGUUUAAGGACAGAACGAUAGGAGGAGAUAUUAAUGUAGUGAUUGUGGGUCUGAUCCUGCUGAGCGGAGAGCAAGAUGGUUUGGUGAUUAGUCAUCACGCUGAUCACACUCUGAGCAGUUUCUGUCAGUGGCAGUCGGCUCUGGCGGGUCGUGAAGGUCGUCGCCAUGAUCAUGCCAUCCUGCUGACCGGGUUGGACAUCUGCUCCUGGAAGAACGAGCCGUGUGACACGCUGGGUUUGGCGCCGAUCAGUGGGAUGUGUAGUAAAUACCGAAGCUGCACCGUUAACGAGGACACGGGACUCGGACUUGCCUUCACCAUCGCUCACGAGUCAGGCCACAAUUUUGGAAUGGUCCACGAUGGUGAAGGAAACGUGUGUAAGAAGUCCACAGGGAACAUCAUGUCCCCUACAUUAGCGGGAGAUAACGGACUCUUCUCCUGGUCGUCCUGCAGCCGUCAGUAUCUCACGCGCUUUCUCAGCACCGCUCAAGCUACAUGUCUUUCGGACGAACCGAACGCGAUGGAGGAAUACAAAUAUCCGGAGAAGCUUCCCGGCGAGCUCUACGACACGGACACUCAGUGCAAAUGGCAGUUUGGAGAAAAAGCCAAACUCUGCACACUGAGCUUCAAAAAGGACAUCUGUAAGGCUCUGUGGUGUCAUCGCACCGGCCGAAAAUGCGAGACCAAAUUCAUGCCGGCGGCCGAGGGCUCCAGCUGUGGCCCCGAGAUGUGGUGCCGUCGUGGAGCAUGUGUGAAGCGGGGUGAUGAAGGUCCUCAGCCUGGUUACGGUCACUGGUCCGAGUGGUCCGAUUGGUCGAGCUGCUCCAGGACGUGUGAGAGUGGCGUGAUGUACCGAGAGAGACAGUGCAAUCGCCACGAGCGUGCGGAUGGAGGGAGUGUGUGUGAGGGCGUGUCUCGUGUGUAUAAACUGUGUAACACUGUGGACUGUCCUGCGAGUGCGGUGGACUUCAGAUCGGCUCAGUGUGCCGAGUUUAACACAAAGCCCUUUCGCAGCUUUUACUACAGAUGGAAACCUUACCAGCAAUUUAAAGAUCAUGAUGUGUGCAAGCUCUACUGCAUCGCCGAGGGCUACGACUUCUUCUUUGCGCUUUCCAACAAAGUCCGUGAUGGCACACGGUGUACACUGGACAGCAAUGAUGUGUGCAUCGACGGCGUGUGUGAGAAAGUGGGUUGUGACCACGAGCUGGGCUCAACAGCCGUACUGGACACGUGUGGUGUCUGCAAUGGCAAAAACUCUACCUGUAAACUCUACAAAGGCCGAUACACCAAGCAACACUAUUCCAAUCAGUACUAUGGAGUGGUCACUAUCCCGGCAGGUGCCCGUAGCAUUCGUGUGGUGGAGUCAAACUCCUCCAGAUCUUUUCUUGCCCUGAGGAAUACACACAGGAAAUACUAUCUAAAUGGUCAUUGGAAAGUGGACUGGCCUGGACGUUACUCCAUUGCGGGAUCGGUUUUUGACUACAAACGACCCUAUAAUGGUCUUGAGGGUCUGACCUCCACAGGGCCCACCAGUGAAACUCUGGUGGUAGAGAUCCUGCUGCAGGGUUCGAACCCAGGCGUGCGUUGGGAAUACACACUAACCAAAGCCAAGAUGGAGAAGGUAACCAAGCCCAAACACAAAUACACAUGGGCUGUGAUUCGCUCCGAGUGCUCUGCUACUUGUGCCGGAGGCGAGAUGAAAACGAAGGCGGCGUGUUAUAAGGAUCAGCGAGUCCAAGUGAACACGUCGUACUGUAACCCCAAAUCUCGGCCCAAAACCGGUACCAUUUCCUGUAACACCCAACCCUGCCCUCCCAGAUGGAGUGUGGGAGACUGGGGUGUGUGUAGUCGUACGUGUGGGUCGGGGGAACAGAGUCGACAGGUGCAGUGUGUUCAGAUGGCGAGUCACACCCGGGUGAAGGUGCUGAGCGAUGAGCAGUGUGUUCAGCCUCCGCCUGUGCGCACACACACCUGUAACACACACUCCUGCCCACCUACAUGGAGCGUUGGCACCUGGACUCAGUGUUCACGUAAGUGUGGUAAGGGUGUGCAGAGGAGGGCAGUGGUGUGUGUGCGCAGAACUCCGGGAUCACGUGACCUUGUUCUCCCAGACAGCGAAUGUGUGCUUCUGCCCAAACCACACAGCCUGGAGAACUGCGUACUGAAACCCUGCCCAAGAACACACACUACACACUGGAGCAUCACUCACUGGCAACAGUGUUCAGUGACGUGCGGUGCAGGUGUUCAGCUUCGCUCUCUGCAGUGUGUAGAGAAGGACAUGACGGGGAAACAGAGAACGCUGACCGAGAAGAAGUGCCAACACACACCCAAACCAUCAGCCGAGCUGCAGAGAGUGUGUGUUCAACCUGACUGCGUCAACACACACCGCUCUCACACACCACAGUGGUACACAUCAACCUGGUCUCAGUGUACAGUGUCAUGUGGUGGUGGUGUCCAGCUCCGCUCUGUUCAGUGUCUCCUCCACAGACGCCCCUCAUCCACUUGUUCCCUUCAUUUGAAACCGGCUGCGUCUCAAAUCUGCAACACCAACUUCUGUCCUCCGCAGCACAGAGACACCGUGUGUAAGGACUCGUACAGUUGGUGUCACCUGGUGCUGCAGCACGGAGUGUGUAACCAUCACCUGUACAGGGCGCAGUGCUGUCUCUCCUGCUCAAACACCAACUUCUGAUCUGCAUCAGCAAUGAAAUUAAGGAUUAGCGUGUUAGCAUGUGCGACACACACAGACACACAAACGCGCACACACACACACACCAUGUGUGUCUGUAGAGUAUGUGGAGCAGCUCACGUCAGACUGAGACGCAGGGAUGUGUGGACAGAGAUGGAGAGAGACGGAGAGAGAGAUUGCUGCAGUUCGUGUAUUUGAAGGGUGCAGCGUGAAGAUUUAGGACACGCGCAUUUGCUGAGAUGGGUGGGAUUUGGUUGUGCGAGUGUGUGCCGUGAUGCGAGGACUCUACAAUUUUGCCUUUUGCACAUAAAAUAUAAAAGUGACUGUCUGCGUUGUUUUGUUUUUUUUGUGGAAAAUUUUAGGAGAAUGUUGGGCUUUGUGCCGUGGACUGACUGAAGAAUCGGUUUUACACUGUUUGUAUUAAAAUGGACAUGUUUUUUUUUUUUAAAGUAAUGAAAUAAAUGUCAUAGUUUCUGUUUAAAGUAAAGGUUAAACAUUAAAAGUGUGUUGUUUCACUGAGGCCUUUCCCAUGACAAUUCAGUCACAAUCAUCAUAUGCCUGGGUCAAUCUUUGUGAAAUCACCUGAGACCUCCUGACUGACCAGCUCAGAUUUGCUUCAUACUUUCUGGAAAUGUUGAGACUAUUCCUACUAAAUAGUGUGCAAAAUGUCAGACUUGUACCUGGAUUAUUUUCUGAGAUACAGAGGCUUUAAAAAACAAACAAACAACAUUUUACUGUUAA